CACGGCACCAUGUCCUUGCUGACGCGUCUACCUCGAGAUGUAAUAUAUGAGAUUCUCAAAUUUGUCCGAAUUAAACACAGCACUGAAUAUGUCAACCCCGACAAGUACUUGGUGGACUGUCUAGCACUGUCCAACUUGUCCAAGACAUGCAAGGAGUUCCGAGACCUCGUUCAGCCCGAACUAUUUCGAUCGCUAUUAGUACGAGGCACCCUAAAUAGUUCAUUAAAUCUCAUCAAAGUUCUUACGGAUCGCCCGGACCUCGCCAACGCUGUACAAUGCGUCUCUUCUGAUGAAACAAACUUCCAAAAUAUCGAACCUUGCAAGUUGAAACCACUUAGUGCGAAAGAUGCUACACGGAGAAAACGGCCAGAUAUUGGAUACGAGGACGCCGUGACUCUGGCCAUACUUUUAUGCCGCAAUAUUCGCAACGUAAAAUUGUACCACACAGAUCAAGCAUUUUCGUAUUUUGCUACGCCAGGGUUUCCCUUUGCAAAUCUAAAAGAACUACAUCUAUACGCGCACAGCAGCAACGAUUCGAGAGCGUUGGAGGGUAGUCUUGGGUGGUUUUUCAAAGCCGCCCCUGCGUUGCAGAACAUACGGGCCGAGGCUGUGUGGAAGGUUGAACCUGGACUCUUCUCUCAUCCUACAUUGGCUGAGCUUGCUCUCCAUUACAGCUGUAUCGAUGUCAAGGCUUUGGGGGAUAUUAUGGCUGCGUUUCCCAAGCUCCGACGUUUUCUCUACCGGGCUGAUACCGCACCAUAUCAUAUAUUCGACCUUAAAGAUGUUACUCCCCGCGAAGUUGUGGAUGGACUGCUUCCUGUAAAGGACACUCUGACUAGGUUGUGUCUUGAGUUCCAAUAUGCAGAGGCUUGGGAGCAUGAUCUGUGGACAGAGGAAGACACCACCUUGCAAGGUAUCAGCCAACUAAAUAACCUUACGGAACUGGAGCUAGGAUGCUAUGGACUGGCAUAUCCAGGGACGAUUCAGGAAGCGGAUGGACGCAUUCGUCCUGAAACAAAAAUUGAGUGGCUGGUGCGGCGUCUUGCGUUGCCAAGUCUUGAACAAUUAAAAUUAUGGGAUAUUGGCGAAGUUUCUGACUUGGCUAACAUUGCGGAAAUAUUACCUGAGUUAUUUCCAAGCUUGGAGAAAUUUGAGACCAAAGCCGACGAGGACGAUAUGGCUGAUGAAGUAGUAAAGGGCCUACCGGAAUUAUUUGCCAAGCACGGCAUAACGCUUGAGUUUUUCAAUCAUGACGAUGAUGAUUAAUCGUGUUAGGACUUGCUUGAAACGAUUUAACGAAGUUCCUUUGUGGUUUCGUUACGAAUUCACUCACGACGCAAGCUAGGAACAAUCAAGGUGUUUUUUGGUGUGUGAAGAAGCUGAAAUUCAUAUAAACGGUCUAGAAAAUAAAACGCCAGCCCAAUGCCAUGUUAUAACACCACUCGUUGUACACUUCCCUAGUCGCACCCAGUGCGUCUUCGGGUAAUCGCCCUUUGUCCACAAUCACCAUGCCUUGUUAUCAGUGCUUAAGAAGAGAAGAGGAGGCCACGGCGGCAAGGAGGGCAGUUGGGAGCGGGAGCAGCAGGAGCAGCAGCACCUGCGCCAGGGCCACCAACAUCAGGGAAACCGCAGCCGCGCUUGCCAGCAGCGUUGCCGACAGCAGGGCCGGAGCAGACGGCGCCAUCACCAAGACCGGCGCAGCAUCCGGAAGCGCAGUCAGCGUUGCUGAGACAGGCACCGGUGAUGAACUGCUUGCCCUUGCCGUUGCCAACGUUGGCAGCGCCAGCAGGGUCACCGACAGCGAAGACGGUAACGGCGACUAUAGAUUGUUGGUUAGUAAGAAGGGGAAGCUAGCGAUGUUGUGGAUGGGUGUUUCGUACAGGUGAGGAAAGCGGCGAUAGCGAUGCGGACCAUUUUUGCGGUUGGAAAAGCAAAGAGGGUGAAAAAAAUAGAAAGUUGUAAAAGAGUGGUUGUUUUGAAAAGAAGUAGAAAAGGCGCCGGGCCGAGAGAAGAGAAAGUGGUAGUUGGUUGGUUGGUGUUGUGAGUGAGUGAGUGAUGAGGGGAGAGAAUGGAGGGGAAUACAGUCACUCUUUAUACACAAAUGAAGCAAGAGGGCAUAACAAUGUAAUCAUCUCAUGUUUCUCAAACCAA